AUGUCUGCCGCGCUCUACGUGGCGCAGAUCGGCGCCUGCCGGCGAAAAGGCGCCUGGGCCCGAGCUUUGCACCUGCUACACGAGGCCCAGGACCUGGCCCUCUGCGAUGUGAUCACCGUCUCCGCCGCCGCGAGCGGCUUGGCCGCGGGCAACGCCUCGUCUUCGUGGCGCCGGGCGCUGGGACUGCUCCAUGCGGCCAGGUCCAGUCGCCUCAGACCGGACACGAUCCUUUGGAACACGGUGAUCGCCGCCGACUCCGCGGACUCGGCCUCGGAGCCGUGGUUCCGGGCCAUGGCGCUGCUGCGCGCCAUGGCCUGCGGCGGCUUAGAGCGCGACGUGGUCGGCUUCAACGCGGCCAUUACCGCUACCGCAUCUUCCUACGUUUGGCGCAGGGCUGAAGAGCUGUUCCAGAGUGUGAGCGCCAAAUUGCAGCCCAGCCGGGUGACCUACAAUGCUGCGAUCAGCUCCGUUGGAUGGCACCAUGCCUUGGUCUUGCUCUCCGCGCUGGAGACCGCCGCCGCCCAGCCCAACGCAGUCUCCGUCUCCGCCGCCACCGCCGCCUGCGCCAAAUCCGCGGAGUGGCGCCGCAGUCUGCGCCUCGCAAGCGGCGGAAGCGGCGGAGGCGCGGUGGGCUGCAGCGCUGCCAUGAGCUCCUGCGAGAAGCGCGGGCAAUGGCGCCACGCCGUGGCCCUCCUCGCCAAAAUCGCCCGUGCUGACGUGGACUGUGUGGCGUGCGGAAAUGCGGUCAGCGCCUGCGCGAAAGCGGGGAAGUGGCUGCAGGCCUUGGCAAUCUUCCACGAGCGGCGACAACACGUGCAGCUGGACCUGGUGGCCUUCAACGCCGCGAUCACCGCCUGUGAGAAGGCGAGCGAGUGGCGACAAGCCCUCGGCUUGCUGCGGGAGCUGCGAACUCGAAGGCUCAGAGAAGACACCGUGACCUGCAGCGCCGUGGUGAGCGCCUGCGUCAAGAUCUGGCCGAUGGCCUUGGCCCUGCUGGCAGAGCUUUGGCAUCACAUCCGCGUGGAUGUGAUCUGUUAUGCUGCAGCCAUCAGUGCCUGCGCAUUCGGCGCCCGCUGGGCGCAAGCGCUGUUUCUACUGUCGCACUGCGGCGUUUUGAACGACGUGGCGGUGGACAUGUCACUGAGGGCCUGCGAAAAAGCCUCACAGCCUUCACAGUCGCUACACCUCUUGGCGCGCUUGCAACUGGAGUAUUUGCGGCCAGCGGCGAAGGGCAAGAAGACCGAGUUGGCCGACCCCGACUUCGGGUUUGCCAGAGCGCUCAGGCGACAGCCGUAG